AUGGAUUCAAAGAAGAAGACCUCGUUUGUCGAGGCCACCCUCAAGGCUCACAUUGUCCCGAUUGAGCAAGAGGCAAAAGAGGAUUACCAGCAUGUUCAGCUCUCGUGGAGAUCGUGGAUGGUCGUCUUUUGGUGUUCGUUUGCCGUCAUGUCGCAAGUCUUCGUAGUGGUGGCCGCAGGGUCUGUUUUGGCCUUCAUCAUUCGUGAACUUGGAGAGCCUGCGCUUGCCGGCUGGGUCAUUCAGGGCCCGCUGCUCAUGCAAUCCGUCCUGUCACCCCCUGUGGGCCGCCUGUCUGACGUGCUUGAUCGCAAGCUCUUUGCAACUAUACCGCCUCUUAUCGCCUGUGUUGGUGCCGUCGUCUGCGCCAAAGCUACUUCCAUGUCCAUGUUGAUUGGUGGCGGCAUCUUGAUCGGGGUCACCCUUUCCACAAUCUCCAUUGUCCAGUCGAUACCCUCUGAGAUUCUGCCUCUCAAGUACCGAGCAGUUGCAAACGGUGUUGCUGGAAUUGCAGGUGUGAUGGGUGGAACUGUUGGUUCCUUGGCAGCCGGUGCGGUCACAAGCCUCAAUGCCUCUGGAUGGCGAUAUAUCUUCUGGAUCCAAGUCGCUCUCCAUGGCCUGACAUCCAUUGGCCUCUUUUGCUUUUACUGGCCCAAGAAACGCAGCGAUUAUCCCCGAAUGACGUUCAAGCAGUGGGCCUGGGCAUGCGAUCCCAUUGGCUCUAUUCUACUCAUUGGCAGUGCCACCUUGAUGAUUUUGGCGCUCAACUGGGCUGGUGGUGCUUACAAGUGGAGCAGUCCCCAAGUAUGCGCAAACCUGGUUAUUGGCAUUGUCUUAUUCAUCGCCUUUUGCCUCUACGAAUGGAAGGGACGUUCAGAUGGCAUCGUCGCUCAUGUCUUCUUUUCCACGGGACCCAACUUUAUGCUCUCGACUUUUGCCUUUGCCAUUGAAGGAUGGAUCUUUUACUCGGCCAUCAACUCUGUAACACCCCAGCUCAUCCUCAAUAUUGGCCUCGAGGACGACGCAUGGAAGAUCUCCAUCCGCCAACUCUCCUACAAGAUCGCCUCCAUCUUGACCGCCCUCGUAGUAACAUGGUGGGCCACGCGAUUCAAGGAUCUGAAAACCCCCUUGGUAGUAACAUUCAUCAUCAUGUUCAUCGCCUCCAUUUGCUUCGCUUUCAUCCGCCCCUCCUGGGACGCCAUACAAAUCGUUCUCACCGCCCUGACCGGCAUCGGAUGUUCAGGGCCCCUCACCCUCCUCGUAGCCUGCGUGCAAUUCACCGCCCCACACGCCUUCCUCUCAACCGCCACCGGUCUCGCCUUCUCCGCCCGCGCCAUCGGCGGCGCUUUCGGCACCGCAGUCAUCUACGCCAUUGUCAACGCCCGCAUCGCCUCCCAUCUCCCCGGCGACGUGAGCCGCGCCGCCAUCGCCGCCGGCCUCCCAGAGUCCUCAAUCCCCGCGCUCCUCAAAUCCAUGGCUCGCAGCUCCGUCAGCAAGGCCAGGGGCCAGGGUGUCCCGGGCGCCAACGAGGCAAUCAUGAAUGCGGCCUGGGAUGCCAGCCAUUGGAGUUAUACGAGGGCCUAUCGUCUGGGCUUCUGGAGCGUGGUGCCGUUUGUUGCGCUGGCGACGGUGAGCGUGGCGUGUAUGAAGGGGGUCAAGGAGUUGAUGACGGAGAAGGUGGAGGCGACGGUUGAGAAGGAGAGGGGGGACGAGAAUGGCAAGAUUGUGGAUGAGAAGGCGUGA